AUGUCAUCGACAAACACAGCUGAAGAUCUGACGCUCAAAAACGUUCUCUCAUGGUUUGACAAGAACGCACCGACUUGCUUGGCCGACUCGUGGGACAACGUGGGUCUCAUUGCACAGUCACCCGUGCCGAAGGAAGACGACAAGGCACGUGGUCUGUUUCUCGCGAUCGACCUGACGCCAGCUGUGGCUGAGGAGCUCCUGGCCAAACCGGAUGUGCGUGUGGCUAUAGUGUAUCACCCAGUGAUCUUUAGUCCCAUCCGAUCCAUCACUAUGCAGAAUCCCCUGCAGCGCUCGAUCUUGCGUUGUAUCGCAGCGGGCAUCCACAUCUACUGUCCUCACACGACACUCGAUGCAUGCCUGGGCGGGAUCAAUGACUGGCUUGUCACUGGUCUUGAGCAUGCGUGGGAGUCUUCACAUGUACCAAAGCCCGAGUCACUGCUUCGUGCUGUGCAGAACGCGUCGUACGAAAUCAUUGAGCCAAGCAAAGAUGAUCCAUCCGUCGGCAUGGGCCGCGCACACACAUUUGCUCAGCCGUGUUCUUGGGCGGCGUUGAUCCAUCGUGUCAAGGCCCUGCUGCGUGUCUCACACGUGCAGAUUGCAGCUGCAUCUGGUGUAAAUGAGACCACUCAGAUUCGCUCUAUCGCAGUAUGCGCAGGCUCUGGCGGAUCGGUCCUCCGUGGAUGGACGGACGCCGAUGUAUAUGUGACGGGAGAGAUGGGGCACCAUGACAUUCUUGCGGCCAAUGCACGCGGUAUUUCAGUGAUUUUGACGAAUCACACCAACACCGAAAGGCGAUACCUAGUCGAUGUUCUGCAGCCCGCCCUGAGCUCGUCUCUUCCGGGCUCGCAUGUGUAUGUGUCAGAACGCGAUGCUGAUCCACUUUGCGUCGCCUGA